GCUUCCGCGCAUGCGCGGACCCAGGCGAGUGGCCGUGCGCGUGGACGCGCGGGCCGGGGGCGCGAGUGGGAGACCGUUGGGCCGUUGGCACCCCUUGCCCCCACUUCCGGUCCCGUCCCGGUCGAGGCGAAGGCAGGAAGAGGCCCCAGAGCGGCCAUGAAGGCAGGAGCAACAUCCAUGUGGGCUUCCUGCUGCGGGUUGCUGAAUGAAGUCAUGGGGACAGGAGCAGUUCGUGGGCAGCAGCCCGGUUUUGGGGGUGGAGCAAACCCCUUUAGAUUUGCACCAAGUACGGACUUCACUGUCUAUUCCUCUGCGGCAGCAACAGGAGCGAACCAAGUCUGUAAAUCUUGUGGCCUUUCCUUCUCCGUAUUCAGGAAAAGGCACGUGUGUUGUGAAUGCAAGAAGGAUUUCUGUUCCGUGUGUUCCGUCUUGCAAGAGAACCUCCGUCGAUGCUCCACCUGUCAGCUGCUGCAGGAGACGGCGUUCCAGCGGCCACAGCUGAUGCGUUUGAAAGUCAAAGAUUUGCGCCAGUACCUGCUCCUUAGGAACAUCCCUACCGAUACUUGUCGAGAAAAAGAAGACUUGGUAGACCUGAUCCUGUGCCAUCAUGGAUUGGCUUCCGAGGAAGAUACGGACACUAGCAGUUUGUAUUCAACACGAUCACAGACUUCCAGUUUUUCUACCCAUCCCGUUUCUCUGUCUGGCUCAGUGUCCUCCUCUCAGGGAGACCUUGCCAACAGGCCAGAAAAUACAGGAAAUGAAAUGCAGUUACAGGGGCCAAGCGAGAGGCUCUCGGCAGACCUUGGCGUGGAGGAGGACCACGCAGCACAAGAAACUCCAGGGCAGUCCAGGAAGCGUGCCAGGGCCUCACUGUCUGAUAUUUCAAGCCUGGACGAUGUUGAAGGGCUGAGCGUUCGGCAGCUGAAAGAAAUCCUGGCUUGUAACUUUGUCAAUUAUUCGGGAUGUUGUGAAAAAUGGGAAUUGGUAGAAAAAGUCAGCCGUCUCUACAGAGAGAACCAGGCGAAUCAUAGGCUGCAAGGAGAGAAGCCUCAGCUGACCGACGAGGACGACAACCUCUGCAGGAUCUGCAUGGACGCGGUGAUCGACUGCGUGCUGCUGGAGUGUGGUCACAUGGUCACUUGCACCAAAUGUGGCAAGCGCAUGAGUGAAUGUCCCAUCUGCCGCCAGUACGUCGUCAGGGCUGUGCACGUGUUCAAGUCGUGAGGGGCCGAGCCCAGAACCAGGAGCUUCCCGCUGCACUUUUCUCCUGAGACGGGGUGCAGACCACCAGCAUGGUCACGUGUGAGGCUCUGGAAAGCCUCCGUUCCAAUUAAUUCAUAGCAUCCUGACCAGAAGCUUAGGAGCUUGACCGAUGUAUUUCUGCUUUGGCAGUCAGAUGCCUCUUAAGGAUAGAGCUGUGUGAACUGGAUUUUUUUU